CAGAGACCCAGUCCCUGCUACCAUGAAUAAACAAACUGUGAGUUCUAGAAUUCUCACACAGUAGAGAUGCUCUGCCCCACCCUGCCCCCACGUCCUAUUAUGAGGGCCAGUGUAGGUCAGGCACCUGCUAGCCAUGGCAUGUGGGCCAGGAGAUCUUCAGAGCCUCACAUCUCCAUUUUCUUCUGCCAAACUUGGAAAUUCCCUCUUUUCAGAAGAGCCCUGGUUCCAGGCCUGUGGUCACACCAACAUCGCCUGCAAGAUGGUGAAGGGGAAGCUGGUAGAGGUAGGCAAGUGGCCAUGGCAGGUGAGCAUCCUGUUUCUGGGCGCGUACAUCUGCAGCGGCUCCCUCAUCCACCAUCAGUGGGUCCUCACGGCCGCGCACUGCCUAGAGAGAUCCAAGGACCCCAAAAAGUACUCCGUGAGGGUGGGAGUCCAGCAGGUCUCAGAAAACGGCACUUGGCUCCUGCUCACUCGCAUCGUGAUCCACGAGGAUUUCCACGACCUCCUAUCCCAGGACAUUGCCCUCCUGAAGCUCAGGGACCCCAUCUCCUGGUCCCCCCUCAUCCAGCCUGUCUGCCUACCCAACACCAAAUUCAAGCUCUCGCUCGGGACCAUGUGCUGGGUGAUCGGGUGGGGACAUAAAAAUGAACAAGAAACCUCAAGUAGCCCCUACAGUCUUCAGGAGGUGGCUGUCAGGAUCGUCAGCAACGGUAUCUGCCGUCAGCAGUACCAGUUUCUCUUCUUGAAGAAAGAGAAGAAGUUCAUUGGGAAGGACACGCUGUGUGCCUCCUCAGAAUUGGGCAUGGACUCUUGUCAGGCUAACUCUGGCAGCCCCCUCGUGUGUCAGGUGAACAACUCCUGGAUCCAGGUGGGGGUGGUGAGCUGGAGCUUUCGCUGCAACCGGCGACGCUUCCCAAGCAUCUAUACCAGCACCCCCCACUUCACCUACUGGAUCCAGAAGCAGAUCAGUGACAUGAGGUUCAUCAGCAGGGCCAGCGCUGCCUCCCUGAGCCCGGUCACUGGCCACAUCCUGCUGGUGUCCUUGGGCUCCAUGUGGCUCCUGUGAGCGGUGUUUCCAGGGCAGGCCCGCCCGGAGGCCACUUCUUCCUCCCUCCGUCUGCCCUCAGGAGAAGUGGAGACCCAGGGGACACGUGACAUCAGGGCAGAGCGCCCUUGGGGGAGGGUCCAAGAGCUGCUGUGUUCAGAGUUGUUCAAUGAAGAUGCUCUUGAGUUUUGCACCACAGAAAUCA